AGGGAAACGAAGUAAGAGACAGACAGAUACAGUGAGAGUGAGUGAGAGAUAGAGUGAGUCAGUGAGAAAGGAGUAUCACUGUGCACUCUGCGCGUCAGUAAGAGUUUGUUGGAGCAGCACGACACAGUGCGCCUUGAAAAUUUUGGGAAGUUUCCAAAAAGGAUCCUUUAUAAACUCGUCACCUUAAUGUCGGGACUGCUGAAUAUUGCCCCACCGAUGCUAUGGUUACCUUUAUUACGGUCUUACAGGUGAAUCUAGUGAUGUCCAUCCUUCUGUACGUGAUAUUCCUCACGUACCUCUACUGCAUUUCUAUCACUGCCAUGAACAAGCAGCGGCCCACGCAGGAUCCCAUCAAUACACUCAUUGUCAAGCUGCUGCAGGCUGACAUAAGCCGCAGCCGACACCGGCAAGAUGAGGGGAACCAGGAUACACCCCUGCCCACUUCCCUCAAUGCACCUACAGAUAUGGAAUACCCCCAGCACGUCAGCCCAUCUGCUUAUCAGUCUAAGAGAGCUAUGGCUGAUGAGCUGUUGAGGCAGCACAAGCGCUACAACUCACCACGAGUGUUGCUGAGUGAGCGGCCACCCCUGCAACCCCCACCGCUAUACCUCAUGGAUGACUUUGAGGGUGCUCGGGACACUCAGAGCACCAAUAAGACGCGCCAGAAGCGUUAUGCUGAGCACAAGAGCUACCGUGGUGAGUACUCAGUCUGUGACAGCAUGAGCCAUUGGGUAACAGACAAGACCACAGCGGUGGACAUCCAUGGCUACGAGGUCUCGGUGCUUACGGAGGUCGAGAUAAAACGGUCGACUAUGAAGCAGUACUUUUACGAGACAACCUGCCAGAACAGCAAGCCAAUUAAGAGUGGUUGCCGAGGCAUAGAUGACAAGCACUGGAACUCACAGUGCAAAACCUCACAGACGUACGUACGUGCCCUCACCAAGUACAACAACGUGAUGAACUGGCGCUGGAUACGGAUAAACACCUCAUGCGUUUGCGCACUUUCACGCAAACACCGCAGGACGUAAAAAUAAAGAAAACCCUGUAUUGUGCAACUAAUCCACUGUCUUUCUAUUUUACCCUGGGGGAUUGUAAAUAUGAUAUAAAUUAUUAUUUAAGUUAUAUGAAAUCCAUGUAGUCUUUACAUGUCUAUAUGAUGUAUAAAUAUAUUUGUGUUAUUUAUUUAAGUUGUUAUCAAAGCAUAUUCUAAAAAAGAGAGACACGGAUGGACUUAAGAUGACUUAAGACAUACAAUGCUACUAAGCUAAAAGAGCAUUACAGGAUGAAACUAUGUGCCUUGCUUAAGCAUCUUCAUCAACAGUCAGAGCACAUAUCACUUCUUUGGACCUAAAUCCUGGGAUCAGCUGCAAUUGAAGUAUAAACUUUAGUGUAAUUUUAGUAAACAAAAAAAGCUUUUAUGCUUAGAAAAGCAUAAAUUUACCAAUCACAUCCUCAUCACUCAUCAACAGUAUUGCUCCAGUCUGUGCUACUGAUAUUGUGCUGUCAGUAUGUCUGGGAAAAAGAAGUCAUAUUUCAGAUCUUAUUUACUUUGAAGAGAUAUGCCACAGAGCAUAUUAGGUAUAUGUGUAUUGCAAAAUGCAUGGAAUAAUUAAGAAAUAUCUAUUUUUGUAUAACUCAUCUACUUGUGCACAGAAUGCAAUGCAUAUGGGUAUACUGGUCAUAAAAAUCUAUGUACAGGAAAAAAAAGUUAACAGCACAUAUCAGAAUUAUACCCCUUGAGAUUACCAGUACAGCAAUGAACUCAAGAAGUGGAGUCCAAUAUUUUUCAUGUAUCUUGAUGGAUUUUAUUUAAAAGGUGGUUUCAUUGGAAAGUCUGAAAAUUUAACCUCAUGUGAAACUAUAACAGUGAUCGAGGUAUUGCCUCUGAUCACAAUAACCUUUCACAUUCCUUUGCCACAUAAAACUUUUUUUGGGGGGGGCUUCCUUAGACUCAUUAAGAUCAACUUUUAAAAAAAAAACAUCAUCGGGCAUAGGCAUUAACUUCAUAUAUAAUUUAGAAGGAUGGUAAAGAGGUAGAAGGUUGUGAUGUGCUGACUGAAUAAAACUCUUCGCCAAAUGGAGGAAUAAUGGCUACACAGACCGCGUACAAAUACCCUAUCCAGUUUACCAGAGACUCACUUGAGGGCACAGUUGCUUCUUCUCAAGUUGUUAAUCAAGUACUACCCCAAUGGUUCAUUUUCCAAUCACUCUAGAGCAGAACAACAGCAGCAAGCCAACAAACUGCCACUAAACUGGCUUUUAUUAAUGACAGAUUUACUCUCACAGAGGAGUAAAGCUGUACUAAGAUAGUGUACAUACUGGGAUUUGAGUAACAUUAAGAGAGUUUGCCUUUCUUGGGAUUAUUUUAAGGCUUAUCACUUUUUAACGAUAAAGAAAACUAGCUGAUUUCUCUCCCUUUUUGGUAGGUGACAAUAUAUAUGUGGUAUCUAGUCUCUUGAUACUAGUAGGGUUUUGUUCUUAGUACAUUACCACCACCUCUGAAGCAAAUAUUGAUAUUCCCAACAGUUUUUUUCUUGUUUCCACUGCGCUAUGCUGUUUACAUAGUCCUUAUAUAUAAAAAAAGAUUCAAAAAAUUUCCCUCUUUCAUUUUACAAGGACAUCUGGUUACCAAAAAGUUUGGAACUGGGUAUAGUAAUAUAAAACUGGUCACAAUGGCUUCCAUUACUUGUCUGCCCUGUCCUAACCUAUGACAGUUCACUCUAUACCACAAAUAAGCAUAUAAAAUCACAACAGAUGUUUUUUUAAUGAACUGCUAAACGCUUGAUCCGAUGGUAGUCAUCCCGUGGUAGUUAUGACCAACAGGUUGUACACUGUGGAACCAAUGUUUGAAUCCCAGGCUUGUUUUUUUUUUUUUUUUUUUUAACCACACCACACACAAAUAAAAUAGCUCAUGUCCUUUAAAAGAAAGGGUCCAUUUCACAGCAAAUGUACCACCUAGAAUUUAAUAUCUAGGCAAUGUACCACCUAGAAUUUAACUUUAACUUACUUUUGUUUAAUAUUCCCCUGGCUCUUUUAGAGGAUAUACAGACAGGUUGCCACCAUGUUAUCAUCCUGAAAAGUCCACACCAGUUCCACAUAUGCAUUCUGAGAUAAUAGUGCUAGUAAUUCAGUCAGGCUAUGUACACUUCAAUAUGCCGUUGUCUCUCAUAGGACCUUUUUAUAUUUGUAUUAUUUUCUAUUAUUGGUGGACUAGUGGCUAGCAUGCGGCGCGCUCACUGCCAUGGCCUGGGUUCAAUUCCCCAGCCACUGGAGGGUUGCAUGAGCCAGUGCACUCUCAGUGUAAGUCCCAAGCCCAGAAAAUGGGGAGGGUUACAUCAGGAAGGGCAUCUGGUGUAAAACUUGUGCCAGAACUGAAAUAUGCGGAUGGGUGAUUUGCUGUGGCGACCAUGAAUGGGAGCAGAGGGAAAAAAAAGUAUUUUCUAUUAUUAGAGAAAAAGUUUCCAGAAAUAUAUAUAUAUAUAAGGGGGUGCAAAUUUUGCAUUUAUGAGGACUUGAGUGACUAUAUAAAAGGGCAAGAAGCUGGUGCUUUACAGCUCAGGGGUCAGCUAUGUUUAAACAGGUCCAUCCUGGUAUCUCAGGUGACUGUAAUAACAGCCCCUAAACAUCCUAUAGGGUCAUGGAAGAAACCCUGUACCCUAUAAAUCCACAUGAAAUAGUACUACUGUAGUGUUCUUUACAUGUUUGGUUUUUUAAAGGUUUUUAAGCAUUUAAGGUCUUCAUUAGCUUUGCAAGCAAUGUGCUUGGAACAAAAAUACAUACAGGAUUUUUGUUGCAUUUCUUUUAAGGCCAGGAGUGCAAAGGUCAUUAUUCAUAUUUGUAUCAAAGUAUGCAUUGCUAUGAAACAAUAAUUAUUGUAUCGUACUUAAAUACUUGUUAAUGGUGCAUUUAAAAAUACAAAGAAAUAUCAAGAGAGGAUCUGAUUAAACCAGAUAAGGCUCUCUAGGCCAGUCAAAAUAUGACUGACAAACUCUGCCUGCUUCGAGUGAAUUUUUGGGUGUGAGUGUAUAAGAGAGUUCAACACCAUUCAGAUGUCAGCUAACAUUAUAAACAGAACAGGAUAUGUCCUGCAUUUCUUUUGAUAUUCCAAUGGGAUGCCUCCUCCAUUUCUAUCUGGAACUAUAGGAAGAAAGUACACAGAAUACAGGAACUCACUUUGCUCUUAUUUCCCCUGGAAGCUCUAGAGAAUGAGCCUACACAUUCAUUUGAACACAUUCUCUUUCCUGUUGCUGAAUCUAACACUGGAGUCGGGAAGGCGUGCAGCCAUACACACCCUUGACUUUGCUCAUGUUUGGAUUGUCUUUAAUUCAUCCAGUGCCACAUUCCAACAUGUAUUGUACUGUGUGUGAAAGGCCCUGCUGUUGUAGUGCAUACUGUAUACAAUUCUUGCUGCUUUAACUAAUUAUGAUGACCAUGAUCAUGGAACCAUUGCAAAUGCUGAAAUCCAAGGACAAGUACUCUCUUUUUUAUUGAUGAAUACUUAUAAUUUCAAAAGGAGAAUGUGCCAAAAUGUUCGAUUCAUGGACCACCUGAUAUUUUAAAUGUCAUUUUCUUUCUGGGUAUAUCAAGACUGAGUUAACUGUGACCAAUAACAGAGCUCUAUUUUAAUAAGAUUAAGACAUGUAUGUUGGAUGUUUCUUGUUUAGUGAAGUCUUUCCGUUUAAUCCACCCUUACUGACCUGAUGUCCCAACUUUAUUUGUUUUUUGUCCCUCUCUUCAGUUAUCUGGCUAAAUAUGCUUCAUCUUGGUCUAUGAUACUUGAAGGAUCAUUGUGAGAAAAAAAGGCCAACCAUUUAAUGCAAUGACACUUAACUCUUGUUUCCACAAAAGCCUUCUCUGAAUAAACUUGUUUUUAUAAUA